AGCAGGCGUUGGGAGAGGCGGUGCCUUCGGAGAAGACGAAAGCUGGAGCGAGAUGGAAGUAGUUAGGUGUCCUGAGCAUGGGACUUUAUGUCUUCUGAAGACCGGCGUCCGAGAAGGCCCGAAUAAAGGAAAGAGCUUCUACGUGUGCCGGGCGGACACAUGCAACUUUGUGCGGGCCACCGACAUUCCUGUUUCUCACUGUUUAUUGCAUGAGGACUUUGUGGUAGAGCUUCAGGGUCUGUCUCUAUCACAGGGCAAGAGAGAAUACAGGUUGCUCUUCCGAUGUGUUAAAAGUAAAGCAGAGGGGAAACAGUGGUGUGGAAAUAUCCCAUGGCAGGAUCCUAAUUCUAAAGAACAUUCUGGAACCAGUAAGUCUCAGCUUGCCUCUGAGCCAUCUCAUUAUCCUUCCAGCCAGCUGAGAAAUCCGUUCAAGGUACUUGAUAAGAAUCAAGAACCAUCCGUCUGGAAACAGUUCAUCAAAGGUGAAGAUGAGGAAAAGACAGCUGAUAAGAAGCAAAGAGAAAAGGGAGAUCCACGCCUGGAUCAAAAGAAGGAACAGAAGCCGGAAUCUAAGUGCUGGGCGGAGAAAGAGCUCUCAUCUGGCCUGGGAGCAAAGAAAAAACAGCCUGCAGUUCAAGACAGACAGCAAGGGGAGAAGACAGCGUUUCAGUGCGAAGCAAAGGAGAUAGAAGGGAUGCACGAAAGAAACCUUUUAGACAUGAAAGCCAAACAGGUAGAAGGGAUGCACAAAAGACACCUUUUAGAGAUGAAAGCCAAACAGGUCUGUGGAAAUGGGCUCAGAGGACCAUCUGCAUUUCAGGGGAAGUCAGAUAGUGAGAGUCAUUCUGUCCAAAAAGAAUCAGAACCUCCGACAGAAAAGGAAACUAAGCCUUUGCCUCAAAUUGUUCACAGUCAGCACUCAAUAAGCCAGCCCGUGAAAGGGGAGCACCUCACCAAGGAGCACCCUGAGAGCUGGGAGGCUAGAGAAACAAAGACAGGGAAUGACCCAAGCACACAGACUCUCCAAAAGAGUCUGCUCCAGGGCCAUUUUCAGGCUCAGUCGGGGACCUGGGACAUGCCUGCUCCAGAGGAACCAGCUGCUCAGCCUGCGCCACUGGCCGCAGGGCGCCCCGCAGGAGAGAGGCGAGAGGCUGACACAGGCAGUGGUGGCAGUGAGGACGAUGACGUUGUUUUUGUUUCGUCUAAGCCAGGGAGCCCCUUACUCUUUGACUUGCCUCCUGACACACAGGAGAAGAAGGACCUUAAGCUCCCUGGUCAGAGUGUGCAAAGAAAAGUUUCUUCUGCCUCGAGUGUUUCCAAGAAGGGAGAACCUUCAGACCCAACAGCCCAACGUGUGUUCCUCACAACACAACUGAGACAAAAGAAGAACACACUGGCAUCGGUGAACAUCCAGGCUCUUCCAGACAAGGGUCAGAAGUUGUUCAAGCAAAUUCAGGAGCUGGAGGAAGCGCUCAGUGCCCUGGCCCUCUCCCCAGAGCAAGACACUAAGGAGAAGAGUAACACUCAAGAACCUCAGCAGAGUAACUUCACCAAAGAGACCACUGACCCUCCCCGCUUGGUGCCUCCCAAACCCCUGCAGGGUCAGGAUCUCUGGCCUCUGGGUUUUCAAGGACUGAAGGCUGCCCACCAGGAAGCUGCUGGAGGGUCUGGUCAGUGCUGUGGAGGCACUGUGAGCCAGAAUGGCCUUCAUGCAGUGUGGAAGAUCACAAGUGAAGCCAUUGAUGAGCUGCAUCGCUCUCUUGAGUCUUGUCCUGAGGAGACCGCCAUGGCAGAGGAUCCAGCUGGGCUGAAGAUCUCUCUGCUGCCGCACCAGAAGCAGGCAUUAGCCUGGCUGCUAUGGCGGGAAAGCCAGAAGCCACAAGGAGGAAUUUUGGCGGAUGAUAUGGGGUUAGGAAAAACCCUGACAAUGAUUGCACUCAUCCUGACCCAAAAGAAAAGCAAAGAAAAGGACAAAACCACAGCUUUGACUUGGCUUUCCAAAAAUGACUCCUCUGAGUCCACUUCUCAUGGAACACUAAUCAUCUGUCCUGCUUCUCUGAUCCAUCAUUGGAAAAAUGAGGUGGAGAAACAUGUGAGCCGCAACAGAUUACGAGUCUGUCUCUAUCACGGGCCAAACCGGAAUCAACAUGCAAAAGUCCUCUCCACAUAUGACAUCGUGAUCACCACCUACAGCCUCCUGGCCAAGGAGAUUCCCACAGCAAAACAAGACGAAAAAAUCCCGGGUGCAAACCCCAGUGUGGAGAGUACGUCAUCACCUUUGCUUCGAGUAGUGUGGGCUCGAAUCAUAUUGGAUGAAGCUCACAAUGUUAAGAAUCCCCGGGUACAGACUUCCAUGGCCGUGUGUAAGCUCCAGGCCCAAGCCCGUUGGGCUGUCACAGGAACCCCCAUUCAGAACAACUUGUUGGACAUGUAUUCACUGCUGAAAUUUCUCCGUUGUUCUCCAUUUGAUGAGUUUAAUCUGUGGAAGAGUCAAGUAGACAAUGGCUCAAAGAAAGGAGGAGAACGGUUAAAUAUCUUAACCAGGAGCCUUUUGCUGAGGAGAACAAAGGACCAGCUGGACUCCACCGGCAAGCCCUUGGUGGUGCUGCCCCAGCGUAAAUUUCAGUUGCACCAUUUAAAACUCUCUGAAGAUGAAGAGACUGUUUAUAGUGUCCUUUUUGCAAGAUCGAGGUUGGCUCUGCAGUACUAUCUAAAAAGACAUGAAAGUGGGAGCAACCAGUCUGGAAGAAGCCCUGACAACCCAUUCGAUAGAGUGGCCCAGGAGUUUGGGUCCAGCGGGCCUGGGCCCUCCAUGGCAGCCACCUGGGCGACCUCCAGCACCGUCCACAUACUGUCACAGCUGCUGAGGCUCCGCCAGUGCUGCUGCCACCUGUCUCUGCUGAAGUCGGCCCUAGAUCCAACGGAGCUGAAGAGUGAAGGUCUGGCCCUCUCCCUGGAGGAGCAGCUCAGUGCUUUGACCUUGUCCGAAUUCCACGACUCAGAACCGUCUGCCUCCGUUUCCCUUAAUGGCAAAUGCUUCAAGACGGAGCUUUUUGAUGACAAGAGAGAGAGCACCAAGAUUUCAUCUCUCUUGGCAGAAUUGGAGGCAGUCCGAAGAAAUUCAGGGUCCCAAAAGAGUGUCAUUGUCUCGCAGUGGACCAGCAUGCUGAAGGUUGCAGCCUUGCAUCUUAAAAGAUGUGGAUUUACUUAUGCCACCAUCGAUGGCUCUGUCAACCCUAAACAGAGAAUGGACUUGGUAGAGGCAUUUAACAGCCCCAGGGGCCCUCAGGUUAUGCUAAUUUCUCUCUUGGCUGGAGGUGUCGGUCUAAACCUGACUGGAGGAAACCAUCUUUUUCUUCUGGACAUGCACUGGAAUCCAUCACUUGAAGAUCAAGCUUGUGACCGAAUCUACCGAGUAGGGCAGCAAAAAGAUGUCGUCAUACAUAAAUUUGUCUGCGAGGGAACAGUGGAAGAGAAGAUCUUGCAACUCCAAGAAAAAAAGAAAGAUUUAGCCAAACAGAUUCUAUCAGGAUCUGGAGAAUUUGUCACCAAGCUCUCCUUGGCUGACCUCAAAGUCCUUUUUGGGAUCUAACUUCCUGUUUUUCAAGCUUAGAAUAGUGCCACUGCUGGUUUGUACUAGGAUCUGGGGGGAACGACUUAACCCUGGUCCUUUGAGCUUUCCUUGGCUUUCAGUUUCACCUUCAAGCCUGAUGCCAUGCCCUUCUCCAAGCGAGGAUGAAUUAUCAUGUUAACCAGCUAGUUAACCAGUCAUGUUAACCAAUCAGCGUAUUAAAUAAAAUCAAUAAAGUACUUUGGAUAAACAGC